UUUAAAUCAUCACCCCCUCCCACUCCCAAAUCACUGCCCCAAGCCACACUUCCCUCUCGCAUCCAACACCUCUCUAUCUCUCUCUCUCAUCAAAAACAAUGCCUCCAACAUUGCCGGAGUUCUCCAAAUCCAUCAAGCUUAAAUAUGUAAAACUAGGUUACCAAUACCUCGUCAACAACAUUCUCACCUUCCUUCUCAUCCCCAUCAUGCUUGCCAUUCUCAUUCAACUCCUUCACUUAGGCCCACGAGAGCUCCUUACCCUUUUCGCCUCUCUCCGUUUCGAUCUUGUCCACAUUAUCCUCUCCUCCUUCCUCAUCGUCUACAUCUCUACCUUCUACCUCUUGUCCAGACCCCGAACCGUCUAUCUCAUAGACUACGCUUGUUUCAAACCAUCCUCCUCUCUCCGCGUCCCCUUCGCUACUGGUAUAGAACAUGCACGUAUCAUUCUUGGUUCGGAGCCCAAAUCUGUACAGUUCUAUAUUAAGAUUCUAGAACGUUCCGGGCUUGGCGAAGAAACCUGCCUCCCCCCCACCAUUCAUUAUAUCCCGCCCGACCGGUGCAUGGCUGCUGCAAGGAGAGAAGCCGAGACUGUUAUUUUCUCUGCCAUGGAUUCUCUCUUGAAGUCGACGGGGUUGAAACCAAAAGAUAUCGAUAUUCUGAUUGUUAACUGUAGUUUGUUCUCACCGACGCCAUCGUUGUCGGCCAUGGUGGUGAAUAAGUACAAGUUGAGAAGUAAUAUUAGGAGUUUUAAUCUCUCCGGGAUGGGGUGUAGUGCUGGGCUAAUCUCCAUUGAUUUAGCUCGUGAUGUUCUUCAGGUUCAUCCAAAUUCAAAUGCUGUGGUUAUCAGCACUGAGAUUCUUACUCCCAACUGUUAUUUCGGAAAAGAACGAGCAAUGCUUCUUCCGAAUUGCCUCUUCCGAAUGGGGGGCGCCGCUAUUUUGUUAUCGAACCGGUGGUCGGACCGCUGGCGAGCAAAGUACCGGCUCGUUCACGUCGUUCGAACCCAUAAAGGCGCUGAAGAUGAAGCUUACCAGUGCGUUUACCAAGAAGAAGACCCGGAAGGACACAUGGGCAUAGCACUGUCCAUCAAUCUCAUGUCGAUCGCCGGCAAGGCGUUGAAAUCCAACAUCACCACCAUCGGACCGCUUGUUCUUCCCGCGUCCGAGCAGCUUCUUUUUCUCGCCUCACUGAUUUUCCGGAAAAUCUUUAAAAUGAAAUGGAAGGCUUAUAUUCCGGAUUUUAAACAGGCUUUUGAGCAUUUCUGCAUUCAUGCAGGCGGGCGAGCGGUGAUUGAUGAGUUGCAGAAGAACUUGGAGCUAUCGGCGGAGCAUGUGGAGGCGUCAAGGAUGGCAUUGCACCGGUUUGGGAAUACGUCGUCGUCGUCACUUUGGUAUGAGCUGAGUUAUAUAGAGGCUAAAGAGAGGAUGAAGAAAGGUGAUAGGGUUUGGCAGAUAGGGUUUGGGAGUGGGUUUAAGUGUAACAGUGCUGUGUGGAAGUGUAAUAGAACUAUCAAGAAACCAAUUGAUAGCCCAUGGGUUGACUGCAUCGAAAGGUACCCAGUUCACAUUCCUGAUGCUGUCAAGUUCGAUUAGUUCUGCUACAAAUACAAAAAUGUAUUACGUAUUGGAUAUAUAUUAUGUUAGUGAUUCUAUUACCGAUUUAUGUGUUCCUAGGGUUUUUAAUAUUUGACUAGAUUUAGUAAGAGUUAUGGUGUGAUAGAGAUAUAAUUUGGUACAAUGUCUCACAUGAUAAAGAUGGGAAGAUAAGAUGAUAUUCUACUUCUCUAUUGUAUUUAAUUGCUUUUUCUAUUUUUGUGUGACAAGUAGUCUUUAAUUAAGAGCAAUACAUAGAGCAUUUGAUUAUUCUUGUUUCUAAUGAAGACUAGAAAUAUUCAAGUUCCCUUUCUCAAA